AUGGAACGAUUGCAUUCACUAGAAUCCAGUUUGCCUCCAGAGCAACCCCCCACAAAGCAAGCUAUUGAUAACCUCAACCUAGAACUCUCUCAAGAAUUCAAGCUAGCCGCCAAUGCGGUAACAAGACUGUAUAGAGUAGCCAAUGAAAAGAACUCUUUAACAAAACACCAAGGGUACCUGACCUGUUUAGAUGAUAUGCUGUAUGCGCUGGACUCAAAUAUGACGACUGAUGAGUUAAAGGCAUGGUGUUACAAACAAAAAAAUGAUAUUUUGUCAAAUUCUCAGGACAAGUCCAUAAAUUGCGUAAAAGAAAAGGAAAGGAAACCCAAAUUGAGCGAAAACCAGCAACGUGAAUCUGAGACUCAAAAAGAGCAUUCCAAAAGAGAUUACGAGUCUAAAUAUAACUUUAACUUCAAUGAAUCAAAUUCGAAUCUCGCAGAUGCCAAUGUAAACGUCGUACCUAAAUUUAGACUCUCCGUUCCUCCCUUGAGUGUUGAGCACCCACCGAGAAAUGCUAAUCGUAUAAAAUCCUGGAAAAUACGAACAAUAAAUCACGGUCGGGGGGAUAUGAAUUCCAAUGACGUAACAGCGUUAGAAAACGAGCAUGAAGAGACCCAUCAUGAAAAAAAACCGAAACUAUCCUCUGAUUUAGAGGCAGGUAAAAUGGAAAUCCAUGAGGACAUGGAGUUGGAAUAG